AUGGCGAGCCCGGAUAAAAAAGCUCUCGCUGCGUCGACGGCGUCCGCCCGUGACUCUCUCGCCGCCCUCCUGCCGUUCCUCCACGCCUUCAACCAUCGGCAUCACAACCAGCACCGCGUAACCCACUGGUGGAACUCCUUUAGCAUCCUCCGUCGCUCUCUUCAGAGAAUCGCCGAUGGUCUGUCGGAGUCCAAGGAGCUCUCUGGCACUGCCUGUGCGGCCCGGCGCCGUGACCACACGCGUUGGACGAGAAGCAUCGUCGUGCCCCGCGCUUACAUGUUCGUUGACGAUGACGGCCCCCUCCAGACAUCUAUACCCGGGAGUGCCUUCUCCCAACUAGCUGCCGACAACCAACACGCUCCGCUAGGGCUCAUGCUUCUCGCCGUCCUCGCUCGUGCCGACACCAUACUCGGCAGCCUUGUUCCGUCGCAGAAACCGCAGGCGCCACCAUCGCCAACGGUUGGCGUUGAUCCGAGACCAACCAAACUGGAAAAGCCGGCCGGCAUAGCUGUACCUGCCGAAUCCUCCGUCUCCGACCGCGGCGUCGCUGUCUCUCGCCAGGACAUUGGACAGAUCGAGCCCCCCGGCCGGACGGCGCACCCACCGUGCCGCACCGUCGAUGAAUCCAAGCGGAAGCAUGGCCUCGGCAGCAAGCAUCACGACAUCCGCCCCAGCACCCGCGACAAGAAGGUGAAGAAGAGAAGGAAGGAUGGCGAUGCGUUGUCGAGCCUCUUCAGCUCCCUCACCUGA